AUGCAUUUCUUGUUUGUUUUGCUGAUCGUUUGCAUAGUUAUGAUGGUAGCAUACGGGAGAGAUUCGAUACGAACUUCAACCAGGAGUCAGCUACAAAUAUCACCCACAAAUAUUAAAAUGGAUUCUGAAGGUAAAAAUAGUAUCAAUAAUAAUUAUAUAUUAUACUCACGAAAAAACAGUGCUGCAAAAACUACUUACGAUGCUGUGAAUAAAAGGUGGACAUGGAAAAUGUCUACGCAGAAAGUCAAGGAACCCAAAAAGAUUAACAAGGAUGGCUUAAACAUUCAAAAUCGUAUCCCUAAUAAUACCAUUUCCAUAGGGGAAAACAUCCAAAUGGCUUUGAUAAGACCCAAGUUGAGACAAGUUAAAUGUCCAGAAGGAAUGGCUCGAAACAACAGAGGAGAAUGCGCCCUUAAGUUUUCCGAUUAUUGA